AUGAAAGUGUUCAUCGUACUAACAGCUGUCACCGCGCUAGCGAGUGCACAAUUCAAAUGUCCCAACAAGGAUGGACAGUACGAGGACGCCGUCCAGUGUGACAAGUUCUACGAGUGUGUGGAUGGUGUUGCCACCACCAAGCUGUGCCCAGACGGUCUAGUGUUCGACCCUACCAUCAGGAAGAUCAACAAAUGUGACCAGCCCUUCAACGUAGACUGUGGAGACAGGACUGAACUCCAACCUGCCAAGCCCAACAGCCAGUGCCCCCGUCGCAACGGUUUCUUCGCCCACCCUGACCCAUCCAUCUGCAACGUCUUCUUCAACUGUAUCGAAGGAGAAGCCACCGAAGUCAAGUGCACUGCUGGACUCCACUUCGACGAGUACUCCGGAACCUGUGUGUGGCCCGACGCGGCUGGCAGACAAGGAUGCCAGGUGCAAGAAAAGAAAACCGAGGAUGGUUUCGAGUGCCCCGUCCAGCAGCAGGUUGAUGCCCAAGGUCAGGCUAUCGCCCACCCCAAGUUCCCCCACCCCACUGACUGCCAGAGGUUCUACGUGUGCCUGAACGGUGUGGAGCCCCGUAACCUUGGCUGCCAAGUCGGAGAGGUCUACAAUGAGGAGUCACAGAAAUGUGACGCCCCUGAGAACGUGCGCGGAUGUGAGGACUGGUACAAAGACGCCGAGGAUGCCGCGCCCGCCCCCAAAGCGAGAUCUUAA